AUUUUGGUUCCAAGAAAGCAAACUUACCUGGCGUCUCUGUCCCUCUUCAGGCAGGCGAGCAGGCAGCCAGGAUGGGGUGGCAGGCCGUGACCGCAGUGGCGAUGGCACUCAUGGUGUCCUCCGUGACAUCUCAGGCCAGAGGGAGUAGCUGCAGGACGCGAGAAGGGCUGACGGGGACUUGCGGACCUAUCAGGGAGUGUUCUGUGCUGAGUAGGCUUCUGCAGAGCAUCAAGCAAGGGACGGCGCCCCCGGGUUCGCUCGACGUAUUGAGGAAUUCCAUCUGCUCGUUUCUGAACAGCGAGCCCCUCGUAUGUUGUCCCUCCCAGAGCUUGCCCGUCACUGCUGCACCCACAAGGCCUCCAGUCGUGCAGACGACGCCCCGCAGCCGCCUCAACGUGCAGUGCGGGAGCCGCGGAAUUACCGAUAGGAUCGUCGACGGCGUAGACGCCCCUCUCGGCGCCUGGCCCUGGAUGGUGGUUCUGCUCGGCACAGUGAACGGACGCCGCUCGUGGUUCUGCGGCGGAGUGCUCGUGUCCGACCGCUACGUCCUCACCGCCGCUCACUGCUUCAAGGAGAGACUCGGUCUUGUGCUGGAAAUAGCUAGGAUCGGGGAGCACACGCUCUCCUUCAACCCAGACUGCUCCAAAGGGCGCUGCGCUCCUCCGCCGCAGGAUAUUCCCGUGGAGACGAUCAUCCGACACCCCCAGUACGGCUCCCCGUGCACGGAAUGCAACGACAUCGCCCUCCUCCGGUUGAGUCGUCCGGCCGUCUUACACCCGUUCUUCGUGACGCCCGUGUGUCUCCCGGUCGACCCUGUCCGAGACAUGGGCUUCUCUGAGCAAGAAUUCCAGGGCAAAGUCGCCUGGGCCGCUGGCUGGGGCUCCACUGCGAGGGAUUUCACAGCCAACCGGCGCCCAGACGUCCUCCAGCAGGUGCAGCUUCCCAUUCAGGAGCUGAGCUACUGCGACAGGCUCCGUAGGGGCUACCCUGACCCCCGCAUGGCUCUCUGCGCCGGGGGGGAGGGGAGGGACACGUGCCGGGGAGACUCUGGCGGCCCCCUGACCCUCGACAACCAGUUCGGGACCAAUAUUUUCGUCGUCGGCAUUACCAGCCUGGGCCCAAGGGUCUGCGGGGCCACCAACACCCAGGGCCUCUACACCAACGUCCACUUCUACAUCCCGUGGAUUCUCAGGACUAUUCAGGAAUAGAUGGAGGAGGAUGGAGUGACUGGGGGGGGGGGGGGAGGAGGAGGAGGAGGAGGAGGUGUAGCAACUGCAUAUGUUACAUUCCCGCUAGAUGUGAAAAAGGCGCGCACUGCCACCACCCAUUUAAUUGACGUAUGGGAACGUUUGUAUAGGUGUUAAAGAAGGAUUGGCGAAGUGUAAGGAAGAGUGGAAGGAACGGAGCGAUAGUGUGUAAGUGUAUGUAUGUGUGUAUGAGUGUAUGUGUUUGGUGCGAGAAUGCAAAAGACUGGUAUGCGUGUAUUUAGCCGGAGAGUUGUGUGCGGGGGAUUUCUUCCCUAACGCAGAUGGUUUACGAUUUAGUGUUGAAUCUUUGGAUUCAUUUCACCUUUACAGGUCCGUUUUGACUUAGGUCUUUCGUCACAGUAGGAGGGUACGGAAAACUUCAUAAAACCUUUGAUAUUUAUUAAAAAUGCGAAUAAAAGGCAAGACAAAACACGUAAAACAAUUGUAAGACAAAACACGUAAAAACUUAUGUAAGACAAACACGUAAAACUAUUGUAAAACAAACACGUAAAAUACCACGAGAUAAAAAGUAGAAAUAACACGAAGUUUAAAUCCUUGAAGCACCGGUCUUAAAAAAUCACUGGCUUAUUUAAAAGUACUUAAAAGUCUCCCAGUACCUUAGUGAGAAAUACUUCACGACACUUAACUGUGGUGAGGAGAGUGCCCAUUCCGGGAUUACUCAAGCCUCGACCUCCUUCGACCAGAACGACAGCAAGACCCCCUACCUGGUGCUUCUUACCCUCCCUCGUUACUUUUUAGCAGGUGUAAUGUUAAGCGAGGGUGGCUCUCUUUUUCUUAAGAAUUUUAAAAAAUGAUGAAAACUAUAUGAAUAUUAUAAGAAGGAUAAAAUAACUAAAACUAAACAAUAAAGAAAAUAUAUGAAAGAC